AUGGGUGCAUUCGACACUACACCAUCUUUGGAAUCAGUAAUACCCAAUCCUCUUUGCUUUUUCCAAAUCUGUCUCAGUUACAUGGAGCCACAGAAUCGAACAGACGUAUCAGAAUUCCUCCUCCUGGGCCUUUCUGAGGAUCCAGAACUGCAGCCUCUUGUCUUCGGGCUGUUCCUGUCCAUGCAUCUGAUCACGGUGGCUGGGAACCUACUCAUCAUCCUGGCUGUCAGCUCUGACACACGCCUUCACACCCCCAUGUACUUCUUUCUUUCCAACCUGUCGUUGGCUGACAUUGGUUUCAUCUCCACCACAGUCCCCAAGAUGCUGGUGAACAUCCAGACACAGAGCAAAGCCAUCACUUAUGUGGGCUGCCUGACACAACUUUCCUCUUUAUAUCUUUUUGGAUGUCUGGACAAUCUCAUCCUUAGUGUGAUGGCUUAUGAUAGGCUUGUGGCCAUCUGUUAUCCCCUGAACUACAGAGUCAUCAUGAACCCCCACCUCUGCUGUUUGCUAGUUUUGGUAUCUUUUUUCCUCAGCCUUUUUUACUCUCAGCUGCACCUUUCAUUGGUGUCACAGAUUAACUUUUGCACAAAUGUGGAAAUUCCUAGUUUCUUCUGUGACUCUCUUCAACUCUUUAAUCUUGCCUGUUCUGACACCUCCACCAAUGCCAUAUUAGUAUAUUGCAUUGUUGCCAUAUUUGCUGGUAUUCCAGUCUCAGGGAUUCUUUUCUCCUAUAUGCAAAUUUUUUCUUCCAUUUUGAGUGUGUCAUCAUCAGGUGGGAAGUAUAAAGCCUUUUCCACCUGUGGCUCUCACCUGUCAAUUGUUUGCUUAUUUUAUGGAACAGGUCUUGGUGUGUAUUUCAGCUCAGCUAUCUCAUCUUCUGUCCAGAAGUGUGCGAUGACCUCGGUGAUGUACACUGUGGUCAGCCCCAUGCUGAACCCUUUUGUCUACAGCCUGAGGAACAGGGACAUCAAGAGAGCCCUGCAUAGGCUUCUCAUCAGGAUAGCCUGA